AUGAGGACCGUCAACUUGCUCGCCACCCUCCUUACCACACUCACCUUCCUCGCAACCUCUGUCGGAGCACUCUACACCAUUUCAAAAGGUGCCUACGCCGACGCCACCUCGCCAUCUACCAUCAGCACGCCCUCAACCACGUCGUCUACCUCCUCAACAUUCUCCCUCCCACCGGGUGUAACAAUGCCCCUCCCAGCAUGGCCUCCCUCGGCCAAUAACCCGCCUCCAGCUCACCCUUCAACAACGAAGACAAUCUGCUCCCCGGAUCCCACGGCUGGGGCUUUCAUUGCGCCUGUGUUUCCGCCGUGGUCGACUCCGACGACUACACUCAACUUUGUGACAACUAGCUGCUGGACUUUGGUUGAGUAG